AUGAGCCACAAGGAUUUGCAGCGUCACCCCAAAUGCUCGGCACUUUAUGCCAGUCGCCUUCGCCGCGACUCGGAAGCCUUGAGACCGAGCGAAGCGCUGGCUGCAAGUGUGGCCUACUUGGCCGAUGUAACGUUCAAAGUGACCACCAAAACGUUGACUCGAGACGCGUCUAUUUUCGCAAUCACUGUGCACGACACCAAAUCCAGCUCGACAUGGCGCCAUCUCCGAUCUUAUACCGAGUGUCGAGCGUUCCAACGCCGGGUACUCAAGAUGUUGAGUCGAGGCCAUCUUUGCUUUGCAGAGUGUCCAUGGCUCUACGCCUACGUGCAACGGGUUCUUCCAGCCGAACAAAGGUAUCGCCACUUGUUUCGAGUUGCGGGUCAACGUCCCAAGCCUCGCAUCGUAGAGAACCAAUGCCAAGCUCUUGUCAGACUUUUCGCGACUUUGCAACGGGUUUUGUUGAAUCCACUGAACCAGAAAUGCACCGUGUUGAUGCAACAAGUUGCGUCGGAAGUGAUCAAGUUCAUCACGAAUCAAAGUGACGUGAACGUUCAGAAGCCUCUCAAUUCACCAACCUACGACCGACCACUGGCAAAAACGUUUUCUGAAGCCUACAUGGUCGCGCCUACCGAGGACACGAAAGCGGACGAAACGUCCGAACAGACUAGCCUCACGACCACUGCACCCAGUCUUGAGGAUCUGAACAAAGAAGAUUUCGCGGAAGAUGACGCUUUAAAUGCCGCUGUGAACUCUGUGGUGGCUGGACAACGCGUAUGUUGUGCCAUGUGCGCCUUGCACAAAAUGCGCUCGGAUGAGCAAGUUUUCACAUGUUGGCGAGCAGAGAAUAUGAGCAGUCAUUUCGUAAGACUGCGAGCUGGAGCGGGAGCCGAUUGGACUUCGAUUGUUGCUAAACGUUCAUUGUCGACGCAAUCCCAGACCCAGGGGAAGGACGCGUGGGAGUCUCCUGCAUUUUCGCAACGACUGACGUCGCCUUUGGAAAAUAAUCGAGAUUCGGAGAACCAGAAACACGAUGGGACUCCAAAAGACCCUUUUCCAGGGUCCGCAUGCACUCCACGCACCCCCGUGGAAUCGAUAGCGACAUUUUCCAGGUCCUCGUCUGUGUGUGAGCUUGACGUUAAAAAGCUAGAAGAUUGGAGCCAAUCGAGUGCAGUGUCCUCACCUACGAUAGACUGUGACGCCACUUCUGCAGCUAAAAUGCUCCGGUUCUCGGGGGUCGAGAAUAUUCGCCGGAUGCCACGUCGCUCGCUUCAAGUGCUCAACUCGAUUCGAAACAAGUUUACGACGACCAAGCACGACACUGGUAUUAUUUAA